AUGUCUAUGCAAACCGCUUCAAGAAAGGGAACGAUAUUGCGAGUUUGGUAUUACGAUAAUUAUAUAGCUACCGAAUAUGGAGGGGAAACUAGAAAACAGCAGGGUUCAUGUAGUCAGAAAGUCAUAUGGUCAUAUCAUGCUGCUAUAGACAUUCUGAGGUUUGUCGCAUGGAAUUACGCAAUUACAUUAAAAAUUCUUACGGUUGUGGGAUGUUGGCCACCGGAUUCUUGGACAACAUUGUGUAAACGUACUGUGUAUAACAUAUAUACGACUUUCGUAGUAUUGCUGCUGUGCACCUUUCUGCUGUUUCAACUUUUGGAUAUCAUUCUGAAUGUCGAUAAUACCGACGAUUUUACUGAUACUUUCUAUUUCAUGCUCGCCAUGGUGAAUUCUUGUUGUAAAAUAGUCGGUCUUUUGGUAAAUCGCAAAAAUAUAGGAAUAUUAACCAAUAUUCUUACCCAGAAACCAUUUAUCCCAUUGGAGGCUGAUGAAAUAGAAAUUCGCCACAAGUUUGACAGAACAAUACAGAUCAACACUUUAUGGUACACAAUUUUGAUCGAGACGACGUGUGCAAGCACCGCGUUGAUAUCAUUAUUCACGGAUUUCCGGAAAAGUACUUUAACGUACAGAGAAUGGACACCGUACAACUACACGUCCGAGGUGGUAUUCUGUGUCAUAUACGCUCGUCAGUUAGUGUGCACGUUUUUCGGCUCCAUGGUGAACAUAGCAUGCGACAGUUUAAUUUGUGGUUUAUUAUUGCACGUAUGCUGUCAGAUCGAAAUACUGGAGUGCCGGUUGAAAAAGGUCUCCCUCGGCCAAAACAAUCUGCGUGAAUGUGUACGUCAGCACAACUGUAUAUUUAAAUUUGCAUUAAUGGUGAACGAAAAAUUCAAGAUUAUUAUAGCCAUUCAAUUUGUAGUGAGUACGCUGGUGGUGUGUUUCAACUUAUAUCAAUUGGCGAAGAUGACGUUGAGUGCCCAAUGCUUUCCAUUGAUAUUAUACACAUUCGCCAUGCUGACGCAGAUUCUUAUCUAUUGCUGGUAUGGAAACGAAGUGAAGCUAAAGAGUGUUCAACUCGCCGCUAAUAUCUUUGGAAUGGGAUGGCUGAAAAUGAAGCAAAGCAGAAAACAGAAUUUGUUAAUGAUUAUGAAUCGUUCAUUAACACCGAUUGAAUUUUCGAGCGCUUACAUUAUUACAAUGAAUCUCGACUCUUUUGUAGGCGUAAGUAUAACAAGUCACUAAACAAUUAAUAAUUAAUUAACAAAGAUAUUUAUUU